AUGCGAGCUCUCGGCCUGGUCGGCCUGGUUGGCGUCGCCAAUGCCGUCUGUCCUUAUAUGACUGGUGAGCUGGGCCGUCGCGAUACGAACCCCGAUGCGACGGAGGCGACUGAGGAGUUUCUGUCCGACUACUACCUCGACGACACCGAUGUCUACCUGACGACGGAUGUCGGUGGCCCAAUUGAGGACCAGCAGAGUCUCAAGGCUGGCGAGCGCGGCGCUACCCUGCUCGAGGACUUUAUCUUCCGUCAGAAGAUCCAGCGAUUCGACCAUGAGCGUGUCCCCGAGCGCGCUGUUCAUGCUCGCGGUGCAGGUGCCCACGGUGUCUUCACCUCGUACGGCGACUACUCCAACAUCACUGCCGCCUCCUUCCUCUCCGCAGAAGGCAAAGAAACCCCGGUCUUCGUCCGUUUCUCGACCGUCGCCGGUAGCCGCGGGAGCUCCGACCUCGCGCGCGACGUCCACGGUUUCGCGACCCGCUUGUACACCGACGAGGGCAACUUCGACAUCGUCGGCAACAACAUCCCUGUCUUCUUCAUCCAGGAUGCCAUCCAGUUCCCCGACUUGAUCCACGCCGUUAAGCCCAAGCAAGACCGCGAGAUCCCUCAGGCCGCCACCAACCAUGACUCUGCCUGGGACUUCUUCAGCCAGCAGCCCUCCGCUCUCCACACCCUUCUCUGGGCCAUGGCCGGUCACGGUAUUCCCCGCUCGUUCCGUCACGUUGAUGGCUUUGGUGUGCACACCUUCCGCUUCGUGACCGAUGAUGGAUCCAGCAAGCUCGUCAAGUUCCACUGGAAGACCCUGCAGGGUGUGGCCAGUAUGGUCUGGGAGGAGGCCCAGCAGGUCUCUGGGAAGAACCCCGACUUCCUGCGCCAGGACUUGUUCGAGGCCAUUGACGCCGGCCGCUACCCCGAGUGGGAGCUCAACGUGCAAAUCGUCGACGAGGAAGACCAACAGCGCUGGGGCUUCGACCUCCUUGACCCCACCAAGAUCAUCCCCGAGGAGUACGUCCCGUUGACCCCCAUCGGCAAGAUGACUCUCAACCGCAACCCUCGCAACUACUUUGCCGAGACUGAGCAGGUUAUGUUCCAACCCGGCCACAUCGUCCGUGGUGUCGACUUCACCGAGGACCCUCUCCUCCAGGGCCGCCUCUUCAGUUACCUCGACACCCAGCUCAACCGCCACGGCGGCCCCAACUUUGAACAGCUGCCCAUCAACCAGCCCCGCGUUCCCAUCCACAACAACAACCGUGACGGUGCCGGGCAGAUGUUCAUUCCUCUGAACCCUGACGCGUACAGCCCCAACACCCUCAAGGGCAGCACCCUCAAGCAGGCCAACCAGACCGCCGGCCGUGGAUUCUUCACUGCGCCUGACCGUACUGCUAGCGGCAGCCUUGUCCGCGUCAAGAGCUCGAGCUUCGAGGACGUCUGGUCGCAGCCUCGUCUGUUCUGGAACUCCCUCAUUCCCGCCGAGAAGCAGUUCGUCGUCAACGCCAUCCGCUUCGAGCAGGCCGGCGUGCAGAGCGACGUCGUGAAGAACAACGUCAUUAUCCAGCUCAACCGUAUCUCCAACGACCUCGCCACUCGCGUCGCCACUGCGCUUGGUAUUGAGGCUCCCGAGCCCGACAACACCUACUACCACGAUAACACCACCGUCAACAUUGGUGGCUUUGGUCACAGACUCACAAGCUUGGCCGGAUUGAAGAUCGCCGUUCUGGCUUCCGUCGACGCCGAGGGCUCUUUCAGCGCCGCCACCGCGCUCAAGGCCGAGCUUUCCAACGACAGCGUCGACGUUGUCGUUGUCGCUGAGCGUUUCGAGACCGGCGUCAACCAGACCUACACCGCCUCCGACGCCAUCCAGUUUGACGCCGUCGUUGUCGCCCCUGGCACCGAGAAGCUCUUCGGCGCCAAGUCUGCCGCCAACCCCAGCUCGACUCUGUACCCCGCCGGUCGCCCUCUUGAGAUCCUUGUCGACGCCUUCCGCUUCGGUAAGCCCGUCGCUGCUCUCGGCAGCGGCUCCACCGCUCUGGAGAACGCUGGCAUCGACACCAGUGGAGAGGGUGUCUUCGUUGCCGACAGCGUCGGCGAGGACUUCAUCAGCGAACUGGAGGAGGGUCUGACCGUGUUCAAGUUCUUGAGCCGCUUUGCACUGGACUCGGAUGAGUAA